GCUGUCUCUGUGCGAGUGCCUGGAGACUAAGUUCUUGGCUUUUUCGAGUGACUAUGGCAUUGCAUGGGUACAUGCCCGGGUACAGGUACCACCAUGCCCGUUGGAAGCCCGUGUCCGGGAAAGGGCCCCAGGAUUACUGUCAUACUCAAUUACGACGGUGGAGAUGAACUGUUACUGAAGAUCAACGUGGAGGGACCAAGAGAGGGGGAGAUGCAGACCAACCCGAAGCUGCAAGACGCGAUUUCGGAGGCGAGAGACCGAGCGGAGAGACGUUGUAGACGGGACGGAGUGACGACAAGGCUACGGAUAAUGGUGGCUUACCACGAGACUGAGACCUCGAUGGACACAACGGACCUGGAACAGGUCGACCAGGAUAGAGACCCGGGAGGGGAAAGUGAGAUGAGUGACGCAGACCGGGAGACGAAUCUCAGAUCCUGGAAUACACCAGGUGAGAUCCAGAGGCAUCACCGAGCCGUGAAGCCGGUGGAGCGCGGAUCCGAGGCCAGCUCUCGGCAAUUGGCGCCCAGAGGCCGUGGGACGGAGGAGAGGCAGAACAGGGGGAAAGGGCGUGAGUGAGGGAGGAGCGUCAAAGGUCAACGAGAGGAGAAGCAGCGCGAGUGACCAGCACACGUUUUCGGUGGAUAUGGCCGACAUC